AUGUCUGCGCGCUUUCAAUCAAACUACGAUGGUCCCAAGAAGACAACGGCCCCAACCACUAAGCUCCCAGCUACCCCCGACAGGACAUCCAGCGAAGGCAUUCAGAAGCUACUCAUGGCAUUCCUAACGAAACCGUCGAUGCCGCAGCUAUGUAAAGCGUGGGCUAAGUCUCAAUCUGGCUUCGAAGCAGAGGUAGAUCGGCGCCUAGCUGAGGUGAGGCUGGAAAGAGGGGAUCCCAAUUACGCUCGAAUAGGGCUUUGGAACACCAUGGCCUCGGAAGGCUAUGCCGCGGCCAGCAACGAGCUCAAGACCAUGGCACUGGAGAAGGCAAAGGAGGAGUUAGAUGGCCGGUUGGCGGAACGGAACGAACUUCUCGCGGAACCGAAGUCUAUGGAGGAAGCGCUGAAGUAA